AAAGGACGCGUGCGCGGCGUGCGUAGAGCUUCGUAAAGGACGUGAACUGAAAUCCUGCGGCAGACAUACGCCACUUGGCUAUAUUGAAAGGGCUGGGGAACUGGGGCUCAUUCUAGGAGCUGCUUAGCUGUCAGUUUCGUGUUUGAAGCUCUACAAAAUUUGUAAGUUUAGAAUGUCGGCGGAUAAACAUUUAGAAAUUGUAGAAUUCAGCUUGGCAGAUGAGAGUGCGGCAAAAGUAAAAGCAGCAGCGGCAGCAGCAGACGAGAAAGCGCCCAAAUCAUUCAAAACAUCCGAGAAGGAGAACUGUGUUAGGAAAUCCCCGACAGCUGGCACGGCCACAGCGAGCCACGGUGCAACUGCAGCAGCGACAGCAUCCAGUGCAACAGCAACUGCAUUAGCUAGUGCUGCUGGUGCAACGCCAUCGAAGGCGGGGCCGGCCACGCCCAGCGGCGCAACGGUUCGCCAGAGCAGCCAGGCAGCCGGCCAGGAUGCGACCGAUGGCAUGGGCAAUGGCACGGAGCUCAAGUUUCAGUCGUAUGUAAAUGGCAACGGCAACGGCGUUUACAAGAUCCUCAAGACGCUGGGCAAGGGCAACUUUGCCAAGGUGAAGCUCGCCCUCCAUGUGCCCACCGGGCGCGAGGUGGCCAUCAAGGUGAUAGACAAGACGCAGCUGAACGCCAGCGCCCGGCAGAAGCUGUACCGCGAGGUGCGCAUCAUGAAGCUGCUCAACCACCCGAACAUCGUCCGCCUCUUCCAGGUGAUCGAGUCGGAGCGCACGCUCUACCUCAUCAUGGAAUAUGCCAGCCGCGGCGAGCUAUUCGAUCACCUGGUCAAGAACGGACGCAUGCGGGAGCGCGACGCCCGGGUCAUCUUCCGCCAGCUGGUCUCGGCCAUCCAAUACUGUCACAGCAAGUUCGUCGUCCAUCGCGAUCUGAAGGCCGAGAAUCUGUUACUCGAUCAGCACAUGAACAUCAAGAUCGCCGACUUUGGAUUUGGGAACACCUUCGAUCCGAAUGCCCAGUUGGAAACGUUUUGCGGUAGUCCGCCGUAUGCCGCUCCGGAGCUCUUUAUGGGCCGCAAGUAUGCGGGCCCCGAGGUGGACGCCUGGUCGCUGGGCGUGGUGCUCUACACGCUGGUCAGCGGCUCCCUGCCCUUCGACGGCGGCACACUCAAGGAGCUGCGAGAGCGCGUCCUGCGCGGCAAGUACCGCGUGCCCUACUACAUCUCCAUGGACUGCGAGAAUCUGAUGCGCAAGUUUCUGGUGCUCAAUCCGGCCAAGCGCACCACCCUUAACAAUGUGAUGAGCGACAAGUGGAUCAAUCUGGGCUACGAGGAGGCUGAUCGACUGCGACCGUAUCGCGAGAAGCCGAUGGAGCUACAGGACGCCAUUCGGCUGGAUAUGUUGGUCAACAUGGGCUACAAGCGGCGCGACGUGGAGGCGUCGCUGAGAGGCCAAGCCUUCGAUGACAUCUACUGCACCUACAUGCUGCUGGGCGUGACCAAGCCGCGCAACUCCCGCCAAACAUCGUCGGAGACCGCCACGUCGGACAGCUCCUCUUCCAGCGCACUGCCUGUCGCCAGCUGUGUGCAGGUGAUGAUGCCCCUCGAGAAGACUCUCUCGGCCACGAACCGCCCGCUGCCGCCACGCGUGGCCAAUGCUCUGGCAACGACAACCACAACGGCGACGGCGACGGGCACGGCAACGGCAUCAGCCAGCCCUGCACACACCACACACAAUCCGAGCAGCGCUGCUGCAGCAGCUCCACCCGCCAAGCCCACACGCCGCACACCCGCCCGCAAGCCAGCCUCCUCUAGCUCGGCGAGCACCAGCACCGCCACCUCCACCAGCGCCAGCUCCAGCGCCACYACCACGCCCAGUCGCGCCCGCUCACCGCUGCCGCCCCAUGGCAGGCGUACAGCCGGAGCCAAUGUCUCGGGCGGCRUUGACGUCAAGCCGACGCUGCUCAGCGCCCAGCGACAGCUGGCCCAGACGCAGAAGAUAGCGAAGAGUCCACAGCGCUUCCACUACCAGGGCUCGGGCCGCCGUCCCAGCACGCUCUACGAGAAGGCCGAUCCGAUCACGCAGACGAACGGGAGUCAGCUGCCCAAGUCGCCCAUGGACGGGCGUCUGCUGGAGCGGCUGCAAGUCAAUGGCCAGCCGGCUGGCGCCUGCAGCGCUGCCUCCGGCCGAACCACGCCCACACCCAUGGCCACAGCGACGCCGUCGGAGAAGUCCUCCGACAAGCCGUUCACGCGCAGCAACGUGGCCCGGGCGACAUUUCACUUCGGCCAGGGCCGCAGUGGCAAAAAUGGGCGCACCUCGGGCAACUGCGAGGAAGACGCCUAUCAGGCGCCGCCACUGUCGGCGGACGACACCAAGCCCGCCUCCCGGGUGGGCUUCUUCUCCAAGCUGACGGCGCGCUUCGGCCGUCGGGUCAUUCACCUGAACGAGAAGGACAUCGCUGAGCAGCGCAAGAACUUGACCAAGUAGCAAUAACGCAUAUAUAUACAUAUCACUAUGUAUGUGUAUUAGUGCCAAUCUAUAUCUGUAUAUAUGACUGUGCAUGCAU